AUGGGACGAAGAAAGAUUGAGAUCAAGGCGAUCAAAGAUGACAGAAAUCGCUCUGUCACCUUUUUGAAGCGAAAGGGUGGUCUUUUCAAGAAGGCCCAUGAGCUUUCCGUCCUCUGCUCCGUCGAUGUCGCCGUCUUCAUCUUUGGCAACAACAAGAAGCUCUACGAGUAUUCGUCAGCGGAUAUGCGAGAGCUUAUCCAUCGAUAUCAAUAUCAUGGUGGCCCAAGCGAACACAAAGGUCCCGCCGACUUUAACGGAGGAAACGAUGACGAUGAUGAAGAGGAAGGCGACGGUACCCCUCCCCAUGGUCCCGAAGUGGUCGAGAACCAAAUGAUGCCUCCUCAUCCUUAUACACAGCUCCAAGCUCCAUUUCCUCAGAUCCGACAUCAAACACCUUCAGCUUCACCACCUAUCGGUAAUGGCGGCGGUCCUUUCCAAGCACAUCCCGGACACCCUGUUCAGCGAACACAUACUCCACAGCCGUCAAUCGGCUCGCGACCGACAUCACGAAACGACAUGCGCCGAAUGGGUCCCGGUAUGGUUCAACCUCCGCCUCCACCUGGUCCUCAACAUCCUGGAAUGAAUUAUAUGGCUACUCCUCCGAUCUACAACUCGCCUCAUCCUCCUCCUGGUUUGCUUCCUCAACAUGCUCCUCAUCAGCAAUAUGCAUACCACCAACAGCCUCCCUCUAUGCCACAGCAUCAACAACAUCAACAACAUCAACAACAUCAACAACAACAUCAACAACAUCAACAACAACAUCAACAACAUCAACAACAUCCGCAGCAUCAGCCACAUCCACAAGGACCGUAUAUGGAAGAUCGCAGAUCACCGAUGCCUUCGCCAAUGCCUCCAGCUUACACUUCGCAGCCGCCGUCUCAAGGAAUCCAAGCUCCCGCACGUCCAACACCGUCACCUCAGCCGAAUCAGCAACAUCCUACUUCGAACUUGUCGCAAAUGUCCCCACCGCCGCCCCAGCCUGAACGUCGCCUGCAAGAUCUUCCGCCCCCGCCGCCUCCUCCUGUAGAAAUCAAGACUGAACCACAUGAACGCCCUCAACCGCCUUUACUGAAUACGGACAGCGCUAUCAAAAAGCUGCCUCAAAGGAAAACGCACAGUAUCUUUACGCCCAUUGAAGAAAACCGGUCCAUCUUGUCACAGCAUCUUGCAUCUUUUACAUCAGAAUCUGUCAAAUCAGAAUCGGCUGCUGCCGCUGCCGCUGCGAAUGCCGCCAACGCCGCAAACCGUUCUCAGUCAAUAGAUGUGGCUGCAUUGAACCGGGCCGCUGACGCGUCCAAAUCGUCACCUCACAUGCCCCAGCGCGCAAGCACGCAAACUGAUACAAAGAGAACUGGGUCGUUGUCGUCGAUACCGGAAUCAGCACCAACGCCGCCUUCACGUUCAAACAGUGCAAAGCUUCCUGGCGGCCCUGGUGGAGCCCGACCGCGUGGUCCCCGUCUAACGGUGCAGAUUCCCGAUGGCGGGUCAGAAGGCGGUGGUAGCGCACGAACUGCCGAGUCAAACUCUCCGCGAAAUCCUACCGAACCCAGUACACAAGUGCCCCAACGGCACAACUCGCAGUCAUCGCUCGUGCUUCCUCCUCCCUCUCCAUCUGCGUCAGCAAUAUUGUCCGCAGGUGCUACUGGUCCACCAAAUCCCUUUGCCCGGCCGCCUCCUCAGCAGAAUGUGAAUGGUGAAACUCCUGUCUCUGCCUUGCCAUCACGUUUCUUGACAAAUGAACUUCUGCCGAGUCCAAGUAGCUUCUAUCCGGACUGGAACUUCCGGGGAGGUGACAGUAAUACGCUGCCUAGUCCGCUGAACUUUGCAACCCCAGUUGUUGGUUCAGGGCCUAGCUUCCUCAGAGAUGAUGCCUUGAACACGACGCCAAAUGCAAAUUCCAACAUCUUGAAGGAAAUAAAGGAGACUAUGUCAAAUGCCAAUGGAACCUCGUCACAAAACUUGAGUGUCGGUAUAAGCGGCUCCACUGCUACGAAACGAAAGACUCCCGAGUUGGGAGCCACAGCCCAGAGUGAGGCUACAGAGGAGUCAGACGCAAAGAGGGUCAAGAUUGAAUGA